UCAGAUCUCACCUUUCGUAUUUACUUCUUCCGGAACCCCUCUUUCCCUCUAUGGUUCACAGUUGAUACGGUGAGCCGGAUCUCUCAAAGUCUCUCAGGCUCAGAGCGGCAGGACGGCCAUGGCUGACCAGUUCGAGGACAAGGUCCCUCCUUCGGAUGCAAAAGGGUUGAACCCUGGAAUGAUAGUGUUGAUUGUUGUUGUUGGGCUGCUGAUGAUUUUCCUGGUAGGAAACUACGCGCUUUACGUGUACGCUCAGAGAACUCUUCCCCCGAAGAAGAAGAAGCCAGUGUCUAAGAAGAAGCUGAAAAAGGAGAGGCUGAAGCAAGGCGUCUCUGCUCCAGGAGAGUAAAUAUGAAAGACUUGAUUUCUUUUGCAGCUCUCCGUCACGUCGUAAAGCGUUGUGUUCAGAUGUUUUUCCAAGCACCUUAUGUGUUUAGGAUUCAGAAGGUUUUUCUUUAUUUACGUUAAUACUCGAGGGGAUUGAAAUUUAGUUGCAACUUUGGGAAGUGAAGUGAACCCGGUAUCAUCGUGGAGACCAGGGAGAGAGAAUGCUGUUACUAAAACACAGUUUUAUCUUUUUAAUUUCCCUUUUGUACUGAGCCUUAACUUUGUUGAAGGAAUAGUUAGAACUUGGAAAGAAUUCCGUUACCAAAGCAGGA